AUGAGCUUCAGUAGUCACUCGCUGCGCAACCAAUCCCACCCCGACAUUUCCGACAUGAUUACCGACGACCAACUCUACACGCUCGCAAUCUUCCUCGGAAGUGCUGCCAUGAUGCUCAUCGUCUUGUACCAUUUCCUCGAGGUCAACUCGGACGACCACAAGGUUGACGAGAAGCCAAAGGCCAAGGCGGGAAAGGCAAAGGCAUAA